AUGCAAUUAGUUUUAGAAGACUCAGUGUUGUACAUACCAGUAUCGACAUGCCUAUUGGUGUGUAUUUUUUUCAUCCUUGUUCGCGUGGUCGCAAACUUCGGAUUCCUGUCUUUUUACCGUAAGACCACCCUCAAUGGCACUUGGGCGUUGGGUAUCCAAACCGCAAUCAUAGUACUAUUGUUGACUUGCCACGCGGACAGCGGACUUCUCGUGCUUCUGUCCUCAUUUUCCCUCACGAUUGCCUUUUUAGUGUGUACGUCGGCACGCGGGUUCUUUAGCGUCUUUGUUCUGGCUUUUAUGGUUCUGAGCAUGUGGUCCACCCCGGUGCUGUCGUACGCUACGACGGUUCGAAUACGCCCUCCUAGUCCGAGUAGUCGGCAGCGCAGCAUCGUCUCUUCAUAUAAUGGAGAAAAUGUUCAACUAAAGGUAGAAGGGAACGACUUUCACAAGAUCGAUCCCUGGUCAAUGUACAUUUUUCACGCGGAUUUUUUUCUGAUUAAUGACAUUCCACCACUGCUCAAGGUUCCUUCCGUCACUGAGGUACCUUCGCACGACCGCACAAGGCUGCGGGAGGUGAUUUCUGUCGGGGAGCGCACUCGAAUAUCGGGCCUUGCUGGGGUCCAAACGCUAGUGCUUGUAGGGGAAGGAAGCACCAUUGAGAAUAGUGUUCUGCAAUGUAAGUUUGAUGCCGACAUGCAUAAAAACACUACGGAUGUGAUACCUUGUUUGGUUGGUGCCGCCCGGUUUAGUGUCAUUAAUGUAACAAUGCAGUUUCAGGUAAAGGUGAAUGACGUGAUGAAGGUUUGCUCAUUUCAUGUGCCGAAAACCGAAAGCUGUUUUGAGGUGACACAACGAUACAAUAUACUACGUGAUGAGAUAAAGGGAAAUUUAUCGGUGGUCGACUUACCGUCUGAACUGAUCCGCUGCCGCGAGCCUGACGUCGCGGUUAGUGGCUUUCUGAAGGGGAUUCCGAUUUCACCUGAUUUUUAUGCAGCUAUGCCGCUUUUAGUAGCGCUGCGCACGCGCUUGCCGCAAUUUAUUGGUAUGGUACAAUCGUAUUGGUCAUUUCUUUUUAAAUAUAUUGGUAUUCCCGCAGGAAAGGUGAUCCUUGAAGCUGCAACCAUGCUUGACAAGCUUUGGAGGCAGCUUGCUGUUUUGGCGAUCACCAUGAGCAAGACAUCGCUUCCUUAUCUGUUUGCAGUCCUUCGGUUGUUUAAAGAUUCCUUUGAGGGCUUCUUAUAUGGAAUAGGCACUCACAAAUGUGAAAGCGGAAAUAGUGAUUGGGAUAACGGCGCCAUUGAGCUGGGGUUUCUUCUUGGAGUUAAUUUACGAGAAGGUCUUGGUGUGGCUCUUUCGUCAGCAUCGGAUGCUCUCACAGUGGUGCCAGGAUUGUGGGUGGUCAUCCAGUGGUCCUUAAAUGCGGAAUGGACUAUUACCAAAACGCUGAUUGGUGGUUUCAGGCAGGGGCUGUAUCGCACCGCGACGGAUGUCCUAUCUCCCGUAGCUCAGAGCAUAUUGAGUCUAUUUGGAGCUGUAUGUAUGAAUUUUGGUCCACUUUUAGGCAAUUUGAGAGCUCUUGUGUAUUGUACACACACCUUUACUUUUCUUGAUUAUGCAUAUCGCUGGUUGUUUAGCCAAGAAUCACGCUUGAUCAAUCUGGAGCUUCGUAUAAUAAACGUUUUGACGAGGUGCGCUGCCUGGGUGCUUGUUUUUAUCAUUCGAUACUCAGGCCGAGUGUUUGCCAAAUCAUGUCGAUAUGGCUUACUUACUGUGAAGUGGUAUAGCUCGACAUCUUUCUUUAUUCACUUUUUUCUAUUCAUUUUGCAGACUGUCGUUUUGUUCAUUGCACUUCGAAACGAAAUUCGGGAAUUGAUUGAAUAUCAGUUCACCGCCAAGUCGAACAAGAACGCUGGAAAAUGUACCAACCACAUGGGGGAUGCUAACACUGGUGGCAUGUGGUUCUUAGGAAAGGCCUUGCAGAAAUUUCAAUCGCACCCAAAGCUCAAUGUUGUAAACGGAAUCACCCUCUUAGCGAGAAACCAUUAUCAAGCCUUCACCGCUUACAUUCUUCAGCACAGCGUACUAUGGUUCUUACUCGUCGGUCUCUCCGUGUUUCCUUUCACCGGCAAGUUCUACGCUCUCACACUCCAUGUUGCGCUCCCAUGGUUGUCUUCAAAACUAUUUUUGAAUUUUUUUACCUCUAAGCCAUCUCAUUCUCAGGUAGCGAUGAUGUUCGGGGGCAGAUUUGUUCUUGCGCUUUUCCUUGAAUGCACCAUCGGAGAUCUCAUCAGGCGUUUGAUAAAAGAAAUGUUCUUUUUAUUCAUAUGUUCUGUUUGCAUUCUCUUGUUAGCAUGGGCCUGGAAGCAUCACCAUUUCCUAACGGUUCAAUUCCUUACGAUUUCCACAAAGAUAUUUAGUGCCGCGACAACUCCAGCCACAGUGAUUCCACUGAUGGAUAGUGAAGACGGUAUAAUUGAAAAAGCCUCCAGUUUAAACCGCGCGGGGGUUACGCAGGAGGAAGCUGGGUAA